AUGAUGGCGUACGUACGACCAAACUAUCAAAACAUUGUGCUGGCGCCUGAAACAACGACGAGGUGUUCAAAACCGAAGGGUGCAUCUCCGGUACCAUACGGAGGGAAUAUGAACAUAAGAGCUCCGGCAGAAAACAAGAUGAGGGGAACUUAUGAUCCAAACUAUCAAACAUUGGCUGGUCUCAACAAUGAUGAUGUGUUUAAGCCAAAGGUGAGGGAUUAUCCUUCAGAGACACAUUUCCGAUUAUGUUCCUUCGAAGGCGCAUUGCAACUCGAAACUUUCGAGUUCUAA